GUCUUGAUGUGUUUCACUUUUCUUCUUCGUGUUUGAUUUGCGACUUUCUCUAAGGAAAAUUUAGGGUUUUGAAUAAUUCUUGAUGAAGGAACCUUUGCAGAAGAAGAAGGUGGUUGUUCGUCACUUGCCGCCUUCUCUUUCACAGUCCGAUCUCUUAUCUCAAAUUGAUCCUCGUUUCGCUGAUCGUUACAAUUGGGUUUCGUUUCGUCCUGGGAAGUCCAGCUAUAAAAAUCAGAAGUAUUCACGGGCCUACUUAAGUUUCAAGGCACCAGAAGAUGUUUAUGAGUUCGCUGCAUUUUUCAACGGGCAUGUGUUUGUUAAUGAAAAGGGUGCUCAGUUUAAGGCUGUAGUUGAAUAUGCGCCUUCUCAGCGUGUGCCGAAACCGUUUGAUAAGAAAGAUCCUCGUGAAGGGACUAUUAGUAAGGAUCCUGAUUAUCUGGAGUUCCUUAAGGUUAUUGCUCAACCUGUUGAGAAUCUCCCUAGUGCUGAAAUCCAGUUGGAAAGAAGAGAAGCUGAGCAGUCUGGUGCUUCAAAAGCGGCUCCCAUUGUUACCCCUCUUAUGGAAUUCAUACGUCAAAAACGUGCUACUGUGAUGGGAUCCCAGGGUUUAUCAGAUGUUCGAAGAGGAGGUAGAAGAGCCAGAGUAGUCUCUGCAAACAAGCCGAGUUCAAGGCCCUCAAAACGAAACUCUGAAAAGAAAAAGUAUGUGGAAAAAGACAGUUCAAAGAACGUGCCUCGGAAGACUGCAGCAGACGUCAGCAGCUCUAAGCCAGAUUAUCGUCAGUCAAAUUCAAGUGGAAAUGAAACUGCCCCUGUCAUCGAUAGCUCUCUCCCAGGGAUCGCAUUGACUAUGGAUUCUGGGAAGAAAAAGAUUUUGCUCCUGAAGUCAAAAGACCGAGACAAUCCUGAUAACCCUCCACAACAACCGGAACAGCAUAUUGAAACUAUUCUUUCUGGAAACUCCACGGCUUCAAGACAGAAUCAGAAGAGUGAUGUUGGUGGGAGAUUGAUCAAGGGAAUACUUCUGAAAAGUGACUCACGACCGAGCCAGUCUUCCACUUUUGUCCAGCCUGAGCAAAGAGUGGAACCCUCAGAAGCUGAAAACUACAAACGACCUCCUCGGCCAGCCAACACUCGAGCAGGGAAAGAUUACCAUGCUUCUGGUACCAUCAGUGAGAAGCAAGAGAGACGUACAAGAAACAAGGACAGACCUGAUCGUGUUGUGUGGGCUCCUCUUCGUCGUGAUGGCUCCAAUAUCAGUGAGGAUCAACCACUAUCUUCAGCAGGAAACAAUGGAGAAGUGAAAGACAGGAUGUUCUCUCAAAGAUCUGGAGAAGUGGUGAACUCCUCUGGUGGUCACACUCUUGAGAAUGGUUCUGCCAGACAUUCUAGUCGUCGUGUUGGAGGUCGCAAUAGAAAAGAAGAGGUGAUGACUGGUGAGGGUAAAACCUCCCGGAGAGGAGGAGGUGGUGGUGGUCCCAAUUCACAAGAGAAGCAAAUGUGGAUUCAAAAACCAUCAUCGGGUACUUGAUAUAUUACAUAACAUUGUGGCUAAAUAUAUGAGCCAUUCCAAU